UACUCAAAGUGAGGCUGCACCACUGUUAAUACAGCAGGAGAAUCACCUCUUUUGACUGGCUUGUAUCCGGAAGAGUAGGAAAGAAGCAGUUGCAGUACAUAAAAUCUGAAAAUGCAGAAAUGAGACUUCAGUGGGGCUCACUCAGCAUCUCUGGAAAGUAUAAGAUCCAGUUUUUUCUCCUUCCACUCACUGCUCUGGAGUCUACAUCAGCUAAAAUGUCCCAUUCUGUGCUGUUUCAAUGGAUUAUGAUACAGAUCUUUAUAGCACACACCGCAUCCGAAGCUGUUGUUAGAGGAGUAAUGGGGAAAUCUGUUCAGUUGUCUUGCUUCUACCGGGUGGCGCAACCUAAUGAUAUCACCGAUAUGUGCUGGGGCAGAGGUCCUUGCCCAAAUUCGAAGUGCAAUAAAAAAAUUUUGCAGACCACUGGGAAUAAGGUGACAUUCAGAACAUCUCAGAGAUACAAUCUCCAGGGCAAUAUUUCCUAUGGAGACGUGUCUCUCACUAUUGGGAAAGUGAAGGCAGAAGAUGCAGGUAUAUACUGCUGCCGCAUAGAGAUCCCGGGUUGGUUCAACGACAUCAAAAAGAACGUGAAGUUGGAGGUGGUCAGAGCCCCUCCAGUGAGGACAACCAUCACGAGAAAGGCUCCCGUUUCCCCCAAACAUUUUAGAAAAACAACUUUUGCUCCCCAAGCAACCUCUGAUCAUCAAACAACAGCAGACACUGUUGUCCUCCUGACAACCACUGUCCCCAAAGCAACAACUGCAACCACCAACCAAGCAAGAAGAGAGACUGCUGCCCUUCUGACAACCACUGUCCCCCCAGCAACAACUGCAACCACUGCGUCUUCCACAGUAAUUACACUGGAGACCACUGCUCCCCCAACAUUUGCUGUAACAGAAAAUUAUACCUUUCCAGCAACUAUAGUUACAACCAGUGCUCUCCCAGAUUUUUCAGCUGGUUUCCAAGCAGAUGACAUGAGGACUGAAGAUGACGAUGUGUUCUGCCCAGCAGAGUCUGUCACUCUUCCUGGAGGUACAAAGGUGACUACUGAAUUCCCAAGUAUACUCCCAACUGCAGAGGGAACUAAAAGUGCUCACACUUCCCUCAUGGUGGAAGACGUGCCAACUGCAACAACAACUCUGCCAGUGCCAACCAUCCUUCAGACCCCAAAGAAAACCCAUGCUCCUUCAGCAAGGUCAGACAGCAAGGCUGAGAAACAUGACGAUAACGGAGAUAAGUUUUUCUCUUCUUUCUUCCAGUUUCCCAGCUAUCCCAUUCUCAUUGUCUGUCUCAUAGUGGUGCCCGUUAUUCUCAUAUUGAUGGUCUCUUUGUUUUGGAAACGUAAACACGCAAAGAAGUUUAUAAUAAAAAGUGAUCUAUGCUUCUCACUACAGCCUUGGACCAGCAGAAGACCUUGAAAAAGUUUUCAGUGGCGCUGAAGGAGAAAACAGCGUUUUUUCCCUGUGAAGAGCUCCUACAUCAUCUGUAGAUGCCACAGAAAAUAAAAAGGGCCUGUUUCAUGCUGCAUUGAGAUGCUUAUGAACCCUCAAAAUAUCAAUGGGUGUAAACCAAAGGCCAAAGCUUCAACUGUGAAAAUUUAAAAUCUUUGUGCAAAUUUUGCCAUGUCACCUUUAAAACUCAUAGCAUAAAGAAGCUUCUUUGAGAAGGUGCUUUAUGCAUUAUUCAUAGGUGUUUCUAGCAUCUGCCUUCUUACUAAUACCAUGUUACAGAAUUGAAUUUGUUUUUCUCCAUUUUUACUAAUACUCUUCCUUGAAUACAACUUAUACUUUGAGGAAGAGAAGAUAGAAGAAAUAACAUGAAAUACUGCCUAACUUCAAAUUGAAAAAAAAAAAAAUCAGCAAAUACAGUUCUUAUUGCUUUUAUGUAAUCAAGGAUAAAAUUAAGCCACAAGAAUGCUGUGAGUAUAAAUCAAAAAUGCAGAUUACUUAAGGGGUACCAAUGCUGCCUGUGAUUCAGCAUGUUUGAAUGACCCUUGGAGACUAUGUUAAUAAACUUUGUAAUUUACUGCUA